ACGAUCGCUAUAACGAUGGCAAUUGCCAUUAUAAACGGGCGAUGGCUGUUAUACCGAUCGUUACAAGGAUCGUUAUAGCGAUGGUGGUGUCCAUGAUAAGGGGCAUUGGCCGUUAUUGCAAUGGACGUUCUAACGGGGGUCGGCUCAGGGGGAUGUGCUCGGCUCUCCUGACCACUGUGGCGCUGAUUCUGCUCAACUGCUGCAGCCCAUCAGGAGGGGGGGGGGGGUUUCCCAGCCAGGCCAGGACCACGAGGAGGACAACGGGAGGAAGGCUCCUUGCUCCUGCUGCUGCUGCUGCUGCUCUCCGGGAGACCCCUGAGCCCGCCUGAGCAGGUGCAACCAUGCCGAAGAAGAAACGCAAAAGAGUUGCGCUGACUGAAGAAGAGCGACUGCUCAUGAUGCAGCAGAAGCAACUGGCUGAAGAGGAACUCAAUAAAAAGAAGGAGGACAUGCUGGCCCAGUUUCUAAAGGACAAGCUGGCCAAGGAGGAGCAUAACUGUGUUCUGAACAUGAACAAGAUCACCCUACAGUGGCGCACCGUGCUCCGUGAAGUCAAGGCCAGGGAGCUUCGCAAGGACAUUGAGAUACUGAGCCAGACCUUUGAGCGAGUGGUAGACUGCAAGGACAGCGUCAUUAAGUCCCUUGCCAAGGACCUUGCCGAAGCAGAGGCACAAUAUGCACAUGCCCUGCGGAGCCACUUGCACAGUGUAGAUCAACUGUUGCAGCUGCAGCGCUGCCGCCUAGGCUAUCUAGAGGAGGAUUACCACACGGAGCUAGAGGCACUGCAGAAGGAGUUUGACACAGAGAGGAAGAAAAUUAUAGAAUAUCAUGAACAGGAGAUCCGUUACCUUCAGGAUGUGCUGCUGGCUAUGGAACAGACCUUUGGGGAGAGUGAAUAUGAAGGCAAGCUUGACUUCCAGAGCACAAGGGAUGAUGUCAAGAACAAGAACUUGGAAGAGAAGCAUUAUCUGCGCAUGCAGUUAGAGGGGAAAGUGGAAGAGCUGUGGAAACGCUUCCAACAGGCCUUGCGUAACUACACCGAGGCAACAGAGGACCGUAAAAUUGCUUUUGAAGCCCUCAAAUUAAAAGAUGAGAAGAGCACAAAGGAAAUCGAGAUGCAGAUGAAGAAAUUACAGAAGAUACAGGACCUCAUCCUCUCACUGAAGAACAAGAUUGCAGCUCAUGCACGGGAGAGCGAGGAGCAAAACCGGCUGGUCCACGAUAAGAAGGAGGUGGUGUUGAAGCAGCUGCAGAAGCUCAAGAGUGAAAUGAACCGGGCAAGAGCCAAGGCCCGCAGCAAUCUGGCAAAGCUCACCAGGGAGAGUGGUGCUACUCUCAAAACGCUGCAGCACGUGGUAAAAAAGGGUGAGCUGAUCCUACGCCUGGCUGAGAUGUGCCGCAAAUUGGAGUCUGAAGAGGAGAAGGUGCUGCCAUUUUAUGCCUGUUCCCUGGACUGGGAGGAACAGAAGACUGUGGACAAGGUGGCCCUUGAGAAACCAGUUGAGCCACUAGCGCAGAUGAUGGAUGAUUAUGUGGGCCUGGAACGCUUCUGGCAAAGGUACAAUAAGGUGAGGCUGGAGCAGCUCUCACUGGAACGGACAAAAGCAGCAUUGGCUCAAGACAACGAAAAACUGCGGCAGUUGCUCAAGCAAUAUCUGGACGGCAUCUCUGUGAAUGAUGAGGUUCUGAGCCAGAUCAACCCACUGAUGAUCGUUAACCAGCACAACACUGGUCCUGCUGUGCCUCCGAUGGUGCCUGUUAGUGAUGCCCGGGUCAAGAAACCCAUCUAUAACAUAGUGGAAGCAGCGCUUGAGGUCAAGCAUAUCCUUUGAGCCAAUCACGUGGGACUUUCAUUCCCUGCCCCAAUAAACUAGCCCCUAAGAAAGGGGAAAAGCCAAGCUGCCAUGUUUUGAGGUCUCUUGCAGAGAGCUAUUCCCACAGCAAGUGGCUAUUAAAGAGUCAAACACA